AACGGUUUUGUUAACAGCUGCUGCGCUAGAGUCAGCUCGGGUCACCCAGCGGCAGCAGCAGCAGUGGCCUCCAUUUUACCUCCGACACCGAGCCGUACCUCACGUGUCCUGGGCUUCUCUCUCACAUGACCCGAGUGUUUGUUCCCGUGAUCAGCACUUCCAUCUCCAUCUGUGACACCGAAUAUCACUUUUUAUUCUAACCCUGAUGGAUAUGCUUGAACAGAGUCUGGACAGCGCAAGCCAAGAAAAACAAGAAGAAGAGGUUGUCCAGACUUCUGAAGACGGAACAGGAGAAGAGCACACAGCUGUUACUAUAGCCAGCGUUCAGCAGGCUGCAGCAUUUGGUGACCACAACAUACAAUAUCAGUUCCGCACAGAGGGUGGACAGGUGACGUACCGCGUUGUUCAGGUGACUGACCAGCACCUCGAUGGGAGAGAUGAUGGGGGGGGAGCAGUGAGUGUCGUCUCCACAGCCGCCUUUGCUGGGUCUCCCCAGGCUGUGGCUCAGGCUGUGAUCCAAAACCCUUUCAGUAAUGGAGGAAGCCCGGCAGGAGAGGCGGUGGGAGGGGAGACGCGCUUCGCUUACUUCCCCGCAACUGCGGUGAGCGACGGGACCGUGUCUGUGCAGGCCGCCGCAGACCCCACACUCACACAGGCGGGCGGGGGUCAGUUUUAUGUGAUGAUGACCCCCCCUGAUGUCAUUCAGACAGGGACGCAACGAACCAUCGCCCCCCGCACACAGUCCUACCCUGCAGAUGAAAACGAGCUGCUGCAGCAGGAAGGUUUAAACUGGAAAAUGGAUGGACCGCGAACACCCAGAGAUGAAAGGAGAAGAGCGCAACAUAAUGAAGUUGAAAGGCGGCGAAGAGACAAGAUCAACAACUGGAUUGUCACGCUUUCCAAGAUCAUCCCGGACUGCAACAUGGACAGCGCCAAGACUGGAGCAUCAUCUCUGUCCUCACAGAGCAAAGGGGGCAUCCUGUCCAAAGCCUGUGACUACAUCCGAGACCUGAGGCAAAGCAACCAGCGACUGCAGGAGAGUGUGAAGGAAGUGGACAGGAUACAAGUGGACAAUGACUUGUGCAGGCAGCAGAUUGAAGAGCUGAAGAAUGAGAAUGCUUUGCUGCGAGCGCAACUCCAGCAGCACGGCAUCGAGAUGGUUGGAGAGACGCCACCGCAGUGAAGCAGAGACAAAAAGAACAAGGAGGGGGCACCACCACUCAGACAAACAGUCGACAUGAUGAAAAAAAGAAGGCGAGAUAAUGGAGGAAAAAACAAAAAGGACUUGUGAAGAAUCACUUUUUCUAGUGAAUGCAUCUUUCCCAGGCUGCGAACCCUUCACCGGCCUGAGGUGGCUGUACUAGGCUGUUUCAUUCCUAUUGAGAGAACCACCCGUUACAACUCUGUAGACAUGUGCUCCACUCACCACCACCAGAGUGCUUUUGCUAGCACACGCUAUGAGAGACAACCUCUGCUGAACUCCUCCCUUCAUUUGUAUUUAUGUAGCGUCACUCGUGGACUAUGCUGUUAGUCAUGUACAUUUUAAUUUAGCUCCCCGUCAGUGUAUUUUACCCCAAACUUUUGAUUUGGACUUAGUUCAUGCUUUUAUUCGUUUAUUUUUUAUUUUUAGUUCUGUAUUAAUAUUUUUUUUUAGCUGCUUUAAUUUAUUAGUCCGCUUGCUGACAGAAGCCUCGUCGGAGACCAGUUACAGUGAAGCUCGUGCACACAAGAGAAGCAGAUUGAAUUUUUAAGUCAGAAAACAUCAAAGAAUGCAAAAACAUUGUGAUUCUCCAGGCAGACGUAAUGUAAUACACACAGUUUAAUUAGACCCAAAGACAAACACAGAGCUGUGCUGGCCUAUGCUUCUGGGCUGACUUAUGUAAAUAGGACUUGUCAUUUUUUAAUACAGAUGUUAAAGAAUGUUAGAGCAGAUUAUCUCUGGGAGAAAACAAUCAAUAAGUCAUUAUAUUCCCGCUGGUCCUUUGUCAUAAUAAUUACCAUGAAGUGUGUGCUAUCUUGGAGCUUGAUUUGAACAAAAAAAAAAAAGUGGUGUACCGGUACUUGAAUUGUUGGGCAUUUGCUUAACAAGAGAAAUGAUUAAAAAGUCAACAAAAUCCCUUUUUCAAUUUCCAACUGUUUAAAUGCUAUUGAAAUACAAAUAGAAAUGAAGGCGAUUAACAAACACAGCACGCUGGAUUGUAGACUGGAGUGGGAUGCGGUGCAAAUUUCAACUUUUGCCAAACUAUAUAUAGAAACUAUUUUUUUUUUUUUUCAUCUUUUGUUAAAGUGUGAUUUACCGGUGUCUCACUAGGUGUAAGAAUAAUCCCCACAUGUUUCAUUUCAAGCUGUUUGGUCUAUUUUCGUGUUGCAAGACUUCAAAUGCAGCUCCACGCACAAGGGGGGAGACACCCUGGAGAGCAGCACUCAAAGACUCUCUAUGGAAAAAGGAGUACACACACAUUCUGGGUUGCACUUCUUAGCUGAGCACAACUUGUUCUCCACGAAAUGAAGGAAUAGUUUGAAAGAGGGAAACUCGAUCUCACAUUUUUUUCCACCCUCUCAGGCGAACAAUAAGUAAUUGGUUGUAGAAACAGCAAGAGCCAAUAUUAACAUUGUUGAUGAUUUUGAGAAUGAAUAUACAUGAUGUCUGUGUUCCGCUUUGGGCCAUGUGAGUAAAAGUGGGGGGGGAAAAAGAUAUCAAGCUUCAGAGCCACUUAUUAGAGCACGAUCGCUUCUCCUUGUGUCAACAUUUCCGGAUCCCACAGAGAAAAACUAACUCUCAGACCGCUGGAGAAAUCAGGCCGACUAUCACGUUUUAAUAUCUCAGACUCUGCAAGUUAACAGCUUGUGCUUUGGAAGUGCUGUUCUGCUUCUGCUGUUAGAUUCAAACCUGAUAUGAAUAGUGCAAGUGUCUGAUCUAUCAAACGAAGCUCCUAGCUAUGGUUGAAUGAUGGAUGUUUUGCGGUAUAAUUUUUUACACCUCAGUGAGAGCAGAGAAUGUGAAUGUGAAGACAUGAAUAAUGCUUUGGAAGAUGGAUGUUCACAAAUGAAAGGUCACUUGUGGCUAAUUCUUUUUUUGUUUUUUUCAUUUCUUUUUGAAAUGGCAAAAGAAGGAAAGUGUUUUUCUCUGUAGCAGCCUCACUGUUCUCAGGUUAGAUCUUAAGACAUUUUUUAAGUGAAAUGGUGGAAAAUAAAACUUUCACUAUCUAAUAACAUU